CCCUCCCCCGUUUCCAUGACAACAAAACUCUUGAAUAGUGGCUUUGUUUUUGUUUACGUUGGACAUUGCAAACAUCAUGAACUAACUUGAACACCUACACGAACUGUGCACCACACAAUCUGUCUCAAAAUGGUUCGGGAAAUUACAGAUAUAUUGAAGCAACUUGGAUGGACUGAUGGUUUCCGAAUUCCUGUUUCGAAUGAAGAAAACAAAAUUUUAGAAAACUUGGUUGAGGCAAAAAUGAAAGAAAAAGCUCAGCUAGUUGCUGAUAUAGAGGAAAUGGAUGAACGUCUAGAUGCUCUCAAUCGCCAUUUGACUAACAUUUCACAUGAAGAAAAGGAAAACCAUAAAUUACUGGCUGCUACCCGGCAUCAAGUGGACAACUCACAACAUUUGACAACCCUUGCUCGCAAUGAAAAUGAAGCGCUUCAGCGAGAUAUGCGUAACAUGAAAAAUAGCCUUCAGGAAAAAAAUAAGAAAUUGUCGUCAAUGGAGAAUGAUUCUAAAGUCAUCCGCAACAAAGUUAAUAAGCUCAAACAGCUUAUGCGAUGGGAUGAUGAAGAACUGCUGGCAUGGGAAGACCUUCAUAAUAGGAAAGGAGAGGAUCUUCAACUUUUACAGCAGUUUAUUAAUGAAGAUAAUGCUCAGUUUAAGGAUUUGGAGAUGAAAAGAGUUGCUCUUCAAGUGGAAGUAGAUAAACAGAAUAUUUCAGCUGAAGAGGCCACUACUGAAGCAGCCAUGCUUGAGCAAGUUUUUGAUAGAGUUGCUCAGCUUUACCGCCAGGCACACAUUGACCACCAGUCAUUGAUCAGACAGUGGGAACACUCAGUUCAAGCCAUGCACCUCAAAGAUAAGGACAUCAAUGAUACUUUAAAUGAAAUUCUCACUGUCCGCGCUCAAGGGAGGAUUAAAAUGGCUGAACUUCUAGAGGCCAAGGAACUGGAUGCAAACUUGAAAACUAAUAAUGCUGAAGCUGAAGCAAAAGCCCAAGAAACUCAUAGAAAUUUAAAUACAUUAAGAAUUGAGGAUCAAAGGGUCCAGAAGUAUGUCCAUGAGCUCGAUAAUGAGCUUAAUGUAUUAAAGCGUACCCUCUCUGGACUUGAAAUGCAACUAAACCACCAAAGAACUCAGAAUGCCCAAACUAAGCGUCAUGUUAUAGAACGAGAUGGUAAAGUUCAUACUCUUCAGGCUAAUAAUGAACAGCUUUUGCAGAAGCUUGAGGAAGUGAACAAAAACUUAUGGAAUGCUGGAGAGCGAUAUAACCACAUGGAAAAACUUGUGCAGGAUGAGGAACGUCUACAAGAAUGCUUUCUUAAAGAUAUCAAUAAGCUUCAAGGUAUUUACUUUCGUACUACUCAAGAACUGCAGUCAGCAUGUGAGAAAGAACGACUGCAAACUGCUGAAAUUCAAACUAUUGAAAAAAAUAAAAAAGCAAUAAUUUUGCAAAUUGAAAAGGUUGAAAAAGAUUUGAUAAAAACUAAGAAUGCUACAUAUGAAAUGGAGUUUUCUGAGCAAAAAUUGAGGUCAAGGAUUUCACAUGCACUUGGAGAAACAAAAUCAGUAGAGCAAGAAGAAAUGUUGAGAAAAAUUGAGGAACUUGAAGGUGUUUUAAGAGAGAAGCAGUCAGUUUUGACUCUUAUAACAUCACAGGUUAAUAGGCUAGAGAAUGAUUGCAGACAAAUGUCAAACAUGCUUGGCAACACAGCCAAAGAGGUGGAACAACUUCAGUGGAAAAGACAAGAUGGUUUACUGUUGGUUGAAGGUGGAAAAAAGCAGCUCAAGUUAGCUAAAGCAGUUCAUCAUGAAAGUCUUGUUGAACAUGCAUUAUUGCGUGUUAAAGUUAAUCAGGUAGAGAGAGCUCUUCAACGAGAAGGAUCUCAAGUUUAUUCAUUGUCUAAACAAAGAGUUGAAUGGGAGAGUGCAAUGAAAGAGCGCCAACUAGAAAUAGAUUUGCACAAAGAAAUGAUGGCAUCAAAACGUAAAACGUUAAAUGAAGAAAGGGCACAACUUCAAACUGCUUACAAUCAACUGAAUACGAGACGAAGCCAACUUCAGAAUCGCCAUGACAUUAUCACUAGUGUAAUUGGAAAGGAUGAAUUUGGAGAAUUUAUAUCCCCUGCAAUGCUUAAACUCAAGGUUGCUCAAGAAAAGGUCCUUCUUCAGCAAGAAGGAGAUGUAUUGGAUGCUAAAAUAAAAAAAGCUGAAAAAGAAAUUGUAGCCAUGGAGAACACCUUGAAAGUUGUAAACACUUCUAAUGAUACCUAUCGCAAAAGUCUCACCAUGAUUGAUAAAGAGGGACCAGAAGGGGAAAAAUUAAAAAUAUUGGAGCAAGAGUAUUAUGAUGCCAUGGUGGAACUAAGAAGUCAGAGAGAGCGGAAAUCUCGAGUGGAGACUGAAAUACAGGAUAUCAUGAGGCGAAUUACAGAGACACAAGAACAAGUUGAGCAUAACACUACAGCCAUGCACGAGUCUGAGAAUGAAGCUGCGUGCCUUGCUAAAGAACUUCAGGACCAAGAUCUUAAACUCCAGAGAGCAGAGAAUCAACUGAAGAGACUUGUUAGGGAUUUGCGGAACAAAAGUGAUUCCACUAUGUUUGCAAUGGAAGAGAAAGACAUUUUGCUCAGAGAACUUAUAGACCAGAAUCAAGCUGCCCUCGAACUACUUGCUGAAAUGUCUGUGAGGCACAUGGAAGUUUCACCUACCAUUUCUCAACAUCUUAGAGAGAAGGGUCUAACUUUGCCACAGCCAGGCCAACAUUUAAAGGGUGUCUUAUCUACUUCUACACUCAGUGGUGCAAGCACUUCUAGAAGUGGUAGAAGCAGUGCUACUUCUGUCAGUAGCUGCACUUAUACCCGUCGACGCAUUUUUGACCCAUCAAAUCAGCCCAUUGGAUCUUAUCAUGGGACUCUUCAAACUCCUGCACAGCUUGUAUUUCCUCUUAAGGAAGACACAUGUUGUGCUCCUCAUUCCUCUGUUACUCUAGGGAGCAUGUCUGAAAUACGCUCUCAGAGUGAAACUGGAGGGUCAGUGGGAGGCCCUAUGGAUGGCACUACAUCAUCUAGGUCAGCAAAGCCUGUAGGUGAUGCUGGGAGUUUAGUAGAGGUUCACCCUGCAUUUUCGGGCUCUGCGCUGACUGCUUCUACUGUAGCCUCCCAAAUAUCAAUGAGAACAAGAGGCUCAUCUGUAGUGCAGCCUAAAUCUAGUCAGACCAGGCGCUCUCAAGAUUUGAGUAAACAAUCUGCAUCAAAGCCUCCAGAGCUUGACUUACAGAGCACAAUCAUCGUGGGAUCAGCUCAGCUGGGUGGUGAAAAAGCCGCGGCUCCAUCACAAGAUGGACAGAGCCUCAAUAGAAGUAGAAGUAGUAGUCGAGCUAGUACUCAAAGCAUUGGAAGAACUAGCCAAGAGGCUUCUGGCAGUAAAUCUUCAAAGGCCAGCAAAGGAAGCCUGAAAUGAAAGUUUAAUGUGCACCCCCAGAAGCAAAUGUAUUGCUUCCGAGCGAGUAGCAAAUUACAAUCACUUAAAUUGAGGUGGCAAGGAUGUAACUUCUUAUUCUUGUAUUUUUUCUAGAAUAGAAGAAUUUUCACUUCUGA